GGCGCAGUUGAUGUGAAUUUGGCUGCGAGUCUCCGAGACUCAGUCGUGAACCUUGCAGGCCAAAUCGGGCGUCACCAACUUUAGUUUUUUUGUUUUAUUUUUCAGUCUGAUUUUUUUUCCUCCCCCCCCCCAGGAACUAUUUUAUUUUGUACAUAUAUAUUUUUUUUAUUUCGUAUUUUUUGUACAAAUUCGCCGAGAUGGAACUUAAUUCUCUUCUAAUCCUCCUUGAGGCUGCAGAGUACUUGGAAAGAAGAGACCGAGAGGCAGAGCACGGUUACGCUUCUGUUUUACCCUUCAAUAGCGACUUUUCCAGAAAGAAGACGAAAGCGACGCCAAUUUCAAGAAAAGCCCAGAGCAAUAGGUCAUCACACAACGAGCUGGAGAAACACAGACGUGCUAAGUUGCGGCUCUACCUGGAGCAGCUGAAGCAGUUGGUGCCUUUGGGCCCGGACAGCACCAGACACACCACACUGAGUCUGCUCAAACGUGCCAGGAUGCACAUCAAGAAGCUGGAGGAGCAGGACAGAAAGGCCCUGAAUGUGAAGGAGCAGCUGCAGAGAGAGCAUCGCUACCUCAAACGGCGUCUGGAGCAACUCGGUGUGGAGAGAAUCCGCACAGACAGCAUGGGCUCCACCAUCUCUACUGAUUCAGAACAAGAGGUGGACGUGGAUAUCGAAGGGAUGGAGUUUACACCCGGUGAGGGUGACAGUGUGGACAGUGUGAGCGAUACUGAAGACCACUACAGCCUGCAGAGCAGCUCCAGCGACAGCAGCCAUUACUCGCCCUCACACAGACUGCACACACAUAUCUGCUAGAACCAAGCCAGCAGUGCAACGGCGACCUCCAAACCACCCGUCCGCCCAGCGCCAAGCUCACACACCUGCCUCUUGUGGCAGGAAGCAGCUGGUUGGACUUCCUGUCCCACUUCUCCACCACUUUCACACUUCCAGACUUUCUCUAUUAAACCCUGAUCGCUGCCUCAGACACCCAAAGAGCAAUCUGCGGUUUCGUGGUGCGGCCAUACAGCUUUGACCUGUCAGCUAACGUCCCGAGUGAGUUGGCGAGUGAGCGUGUGUGUUUCAGACGCUCUCUCUUACUGAACGGUCUGGAUUCAUGAAAACACCUUUGCUUUUGUUGUUAGAGAUGCACUCGUGUGGGAGUUCUGGGACAACGCCUGUCCGAUUUUUUAAAUAUACGCGUCUCCCGAUGGAUCAUCAGUUAUUAGCUUGAAUUAUCAGUCAGACGUAAACGUUUGUCUGAUAUGACGCUGAUAUCAUCCGUGCAUCUUUCGGUUCUUAGCACAUGCUAAAACAAGAACAAUUAUAAACGCUUAGUAAAUGCUGAGCAUAGUAGCAUUUAGCACACUACGUGUUCUAUUGGCAUUGCCUAGAGCAACAACUAUUUAGCUUCUUUAAGGAACAAAAAAAAAUCAGUUCGUCUUUAUUCAGAACGACCAAAUAUAAACACAAUAACAGCAACAAAAAGAGAUUAUAAGGAGGGAAGGUACAAACCUGCGCCGUGGGCUGGUUGCGUAAACAUUUUGAAUCGCUAUUAAUUUCUCCGUUUUUUGAUAAUGGAUUAAAAAUCAGUUCACAGCCGUAGAAGCAGACAGGCUAUGAGUACGGUAUAAUAGCAGAAUAUUGGGCUGAGUCAUAAAACUGAAGAGUACAGUAGAACUGAACUACAGAAGCUGGUGUUGGCGCUGGUGGCAUCAUCAGCUCAUUUUGUGGGAACACUCAUAAAACUGUAUUUCUGUCUUUUGCGGUUCAUUCGGAUCAUUUAAUAUAGCGUCAACAUGGAGGCAACACAGCACAAUAUAUGGUACAGUACACACUCUCCGGCCACUUUAUUAGGUACACCUUGCUUUGCCUUCAGAACUGCCUUAAUGGUUAUUUGAGUUCCUGCUGCCUUUCUAUCAUCUGGAACCAGUCUGCCCGUUCUCCUCUGACCUCUCACAUCAA